AUGGCGGCGUCACGCGUCGGGAUGUUGCCUCUUCCUUUGCUUCUCCUCUCGUUGCCCCGCGUGUUCGCCACCCAAACGCCUCUGUUUAACGACAGAAAGGACCACUGGGAUCUGAAUAUCCCACCUAACCCCAACGCAACUGGGCAUCUGGUUCUCAACUCGAUCAGUUCUCUCCUGCAACACUGGCCCAACACAAGAUACCACUCAGGACAUACAAUCACUCCGGGCGUGAUUCCUCCUGGGACAUUACUGUAUCAUGGACGAAACGACCCAAAUAUUCCCACCAAGGCAGAAUGGGUAGCAAUGGACCCAGAAUUUGCAAGAAUAUUUUGCAGUCCUGAACCACCUCGACCCGAGCCAGUAGACUGCUGGUUUCUGACCAUUGUUACAUCUCAACCAUUGCGUAUUCUCUAUUUUGACGGCAGUAGCGCAACUAAACAACCCGAUGGGCCCAUGGACACACAAGAUAUCAUUGCUUGGGGUGUUGUCUUACCUGAACGACAAAACUGGGAAUCAGAGUAUGUGCGUCUCGACCGCAUGUGCGAAUGGGCCCGAGAGGCUGGGUUCGAUGCAUUCGUCAGAAUGCAGCUUAACUUUGAAAUAAUGCUCUGCGACUUUGCCGACAGGGUACAGACCGUCUCACUCUCUCAUCUUCAAUAUGAUGAAAUCUUCCCACAUCAUGGAUACUCAUUCAUGCACUCGAGUGAAUGGCACGACCACUUCCCAGGCGAGGUCCGUGUUCAACUCGAUCUCACGCGUGUUGUGUCGAUGUAUGACACCGAACUCGUCCCAAGUCUUGUUAGCCAGCGAUCGGGUCAGAAGAGACGAGAUCAUCGUGUGUUGGGAAUUUCCCAAGAAGACAUUGCCAACGUCCGUGCGAGGCUGUCAGAGAAAUCGACAAGUGGAAGUGGGAUCGAUUGGCGAGCUUUGUUCAAAGUCAUCCGAGAUCGGCAUACUAAACGCUUGCAAGUGUUGCAACGAACACUUCAUCAAGAAAGAGAAGACUCCGCUGAACGAGCCUUCCGUAUCAUACUCAACAUGAUAACGCCAUACAUUCUCGAUUCAGCAACUCCCCGCAAAGACAGGAAUUGGGCUAGCCACGUUUAUGAGCUUUGUUCUACGACUCAUACCGCCUUUGCUGCUUCACAGACUUCCCUUACACCGUCCGAAAGACUCAUGUUAAAGGCAGCACAAGAGACUACACGUGAAAUUUGUCGUACUCUUGUUGGAAUAUGGGCGGAAGAAACUGCUUCACUAGCUUCCUCAAACAUAUCGAAAUGGCGAUAUGAAGUAGAUCGUCUUGUUGCGUGGCUAGAUUGGGAUGACUGGGUGACCUGCGAACCUGCCUGCGAGCCUGAUGUACGAAUCGUGCUAUUUGCCGGGGGCGCCAUUUUCUAUGAACAAAUGGAACGUGUCCGAGCCGACUUGUUCAAGAUUCUUUGAACCUUAUUGGUUCCCAGGUAUAGAUCCACAAAGUCGAUAG